GCGAUAUUUCCUUGGUGCUGGGUAAAUGGCGGGGGAGCGAUGGAUUUUCACCAAUUCGCAACUUUUGGAUACCCCCAGCCGAAAAUGUGGGAUAGAUAACGACAAAGAACUGGCAUACAGACAACAAGCUGCCAACCUGAUCCAGGAAAUGGGACAGAGCCUCAUAGUAACCCAGCUAUGCAUCAACACUGCCAUCGUGUACAUGCAUCGGUUCUACAUGUUCCACUCCUUCUCCAGGUUCCAUCGCAAUUCCAUGGCGCCAGUUUGUCUGUUUCUUGCCGCAAAAGUAGAAGAACAGCCCAGAAAACUGGAACAUGUUCUUAAACUAGUCCACAAGUCGCUACACAAAGAUGGCCCUUUUGAUGCCAAAAGUGAUGACUACCUACAACAAGCACAUGAACUGGUUGUGAAUGAAAACAUCCUUCUACAGACCUUGGGGUUUGACCUGACUGUAGACCAUCCCCACACCCAUGUGGUCAAGACAUGUCAACUGGUUAGAGCCACCAAGGAUCUCGCCCAGACGUCCUACUUCCUGGCAACUAACAGCCUCCACUUGACUACCAUGUGUCUGCAGUACAAGCCAACAGUAGUAGCCUGUGCCUGUGUACAUCUAGCCUGCAAAUGGUCCAGCUGGGAGAUUCCUCGGUCAAGUGAAGGCAAAGAUUGGCAUUGGUACCUUGACAAAAAUGUCACAGUCAAAUUACUUGAAGAUAUGUCGCAGGAAUUUCUCAAUAUACUGGACAAGUGCCCAAGCAAGCUUAGGAAGAAAAUAUUGACAUGGAAGUCUGGAAAGGACAGACCAGAGGAGUAUGACCCUGAAAAGAAGAAGUUACGUGAGCAAGCUGCCCAGCAAUCAGCGAGAGAAUCUGGCGCAGGCAAGACAUCAUCCCAUCAUCAUUCAAUGACCAACCAUGACCGGAAAGGAGACAAAUCUCAUCACAUAAAAUCAGAAACAUCACAUGGUAGUUCAAAACAUCAUUCAGACCCCAGUGGAACAGCUCAGAGUGGCCACCACCAUCACCAGCGUUCCCAUACAGAUUCUGCUGCAUCAAAACCCAACCCUGUCCAAACUAGUACGGAUUCAAACAAACACAGCUCAGACCCUUCACAUUUAGGGACCGUUACAAAUCCGUCCAUUUCUGCUACUGCUGCUGCUGCUGUUUCAACAGCAACCACCACUAGUACCACAAAAACCACACUCAAAGAAUACUGGGAGAAACAGAAAGAAAGAGAGAAACGUGAGGCUGCUGCUGCAGCUGAGAAGAUUAAGCGUGAGCCUCAGGAAAGUGGUGAGGAGAGGAGAGUUCCUUCAGUAAAACUAGAACCAGGUCAGCAUCCUGGAGUAGAGAAAACCAAACAUCACCAUCACAGAGAUAGGGAACAUCACCGAGAUCAGCAUAGACAACAGCGAGAUCUUGAAAAGAUAUCAGAAACUAAAAUCAAAAUUAAGUCAGAACCUGGUCUUACUCACCACAAGGUUACAAAUGAAAGCUCUUCUCCUCUAAAACUAAAAAUUAAAAUGCCAAAGGACCAAUCAAGUCAUGGGGAUAAGAAGCAUUCUUCUUCCCAGUCAUCAUCUCAAUCGGAACAAAAAGUGCCACCAUUGAAAAUAUCUUCAGGCUCUUCAAGGCAUCGUGGUGAGUCACAUCAUAAGUCACACAAGUCUUCGCGACACUCCAGUAGUAACUCCGAACAAAGUUCAGGUAUGAACCAUUCAGGUGACGGUGGAGGUCACCACAGUGGGACCAACGGCCGCUCGGACCUCAAGCUCCACAUCAACAUGAACACAAUGUCGUCAUCCUCAAGCAAGUCUGGUCGUGAGGGAAAGGGGGAAAAACAUAAGGACAAAAAUUCUCGGUCUUCGUCCUCCCACCACGACUCGGCCAAAUCUGCCUCUUCUUCCACGUCUUCACACAGCCACUCAGGUCACCCAUGGACAAUGUCAGAACUAAUGGCCACAACAGCAGCUUCAAAUUCAAUGCCUUCGUCAUCGUCACGGAAACGACCUCAUAGUCCUGCAACAGACCAUUUAAAUGAUUUACAUAAGAAUAAAGUGUCAAAAUCAGAAACAAACCUGCGCAGGUCAUCUUCUAACCAUUCUAUAGUGAGUAUGGAUUUGUCAGACACUGGGUCUCUGACUGGUGGGGAUGUGUUCAAUACAGAGACUAAUAUUGCACUACGUGGACUUGAAGGUGGAAGUAGAAACAACUCUCCGUUGAUUGACGCCAGUAAAGAAAAGUUAGAUAUGCGAAUACAGGAAUUACAGCAAGUCAUUGACUUGCAAAAGGCUCAAAUAGCAUUACAACAAACCCCCAGCAAUCCUCAGGCACCGCCUCCGCCUCCUGCCCCCUCACUGAACACACCAUUUACCGACAUGCCAAUGCAAUCCUUGUUUGACAUGGAUUUCCUUUCUGACGAUGCCUUGCCUCCUCUACCUGGUGACAUAACGGAGAAACCUCCAACACCCACACACUUUUGACUUAGGCCAUACAUUAGGCAACUUUAAUUUUAUAUACCAAUUAAAAAAAGAAAUAAAAACGCAAAACUUAACUUCCAGUAUUUCAAUAUUCUGAGCUUUUAUGAAUUGAAAACAUUACUGUAAUUUACAAAUCUUGUUUUGAAUGCAAGUAGAUAUAAAGCACAUGUAUUUGUAUAUUUGUUUUUCUAAGAUUAUUUCAUUUAUACUUAAUAUUGAUCAGUAACAAUAUUGAUGUUCUCAUAUUAAUGAUUUUAGAAUAUUUACAUAGCAAAAAUUGCUGGUGAAUGUUAAGAGAAUUUAUUCAUGAUGUCGUCCAUAGGAGAUCGAAAUUAUUUUUUAUCCAAAUUGAUGAUUGAAUUAACACAAAAAUUGAUGAAGUUCAGAAGAUUCCACUUCAGAAGCUUAAAAUUACCAUUUGCAUAAUAAUAACACACGGCAUUGAGUGGGGUGUCAAAAAGAAAUAGACUUGUUUCAACCAUGUCGUAAUUUUUUGAAUAAAUCCCAUUCACACUUUACCUUUCUCAUAACCUUAAUAAUUUUUUCUUUGUUAUAAAUUGAUCAAUUGAAAAGAUUUUCUAAUGUGAAAUCAUUUUUCAUAAUGUCAUGUACAACAAUUUAUUCAUAAUAUAGAUAAAAAAAGAAUUAGGGUAACCAAGAAAACUGAAUACGACUAAGUGAGAUUUAACUGUAUAUCUCGUUUAUUGUAUAAAUGAACACAUAGUAACGAUGGGGGUUGCAGGAGCGGGGGGUAUGAGUUGGCCCUCUGGACGACAGUUCUAGUUUUAAAUUGACAAAGACAUUGUAAAGCAGUAAUGAGUAUAUAGAUUUUCUAGAUCAUGUAUACAAUGCAUAAAUAUUGCAAAGAGCUGGACAAGGCAAGAUAUUCCUGGGAUUGGUGUCCAUCAAAAAUUCUUUCAUUGUGGUAACGAGGUACCUAAAAAGAGUGCUAGAAUCUUAGACAGAUUGGUUAUGUGAUUGAAGUGGAAUCUACUGUAUUUUAGUGUGUAUUGUGAUUCUGAUAGAACCAAAGAUUUCAAAUAUUUUACUUGACGUCAGUGAUUGGUCAACACAGACUUGUAUAGUAGAUAUUUUGUGAGAAAGAAAAGUAAACUUUCUGGCUAUAGCCUUGUAGAUUGCAACAACUAAAUUACUGGUAAACACAAAAAAUAUAUAGUUUUGUAUUUUCACACAUAUGAUGCAUUUUCAUUAUAAUUACUGCCAUGGGCAUUAAACAAACAAAUUUUAUUUUAUGUUGUUGUUUUUUACCAGAACUUUUUACUUGUAUCUGAAAAAUAAUAUUUAAUUGAGACAUUUUACUUAGAAAUGUAUGGGAAGAAGGUAAAGUGCAUCCUGUCCUAAAGCAAAACUUUUUUUGUAUUACAUUGCUGGUUAUUAAUCGUCUGUGUAGAUGGGUAUGGCUCAAAUUAAACUGAAUUAUGAUUUGGGGGAUGGGGGAUUCCUGAUUGUCAAAAGAAUAAGGAAAAGAAAGCCCUGUCUCGGCUAAAUUUGGUUAAACAUAACUAGAGAUCAUCAUCACCAUUAAACUAUUACUUAGAUACAUCACUUUACAUCUUUAUAAUCUGAUUAAAACCAGAUCUUUCAAUUCCACUCUGAUACUCUACAAUCAAUGUAGAUGUACUUGAUGUUCCAGUUCCAGGUAGAGUAUCAAAGUGGAAUUAAAGAUCUGACUUUAAUCGGAUUGCCCAUCAAGGAAUUUACCCUCAGUGCACUUAAUAUAAUUUCCUACAAGUUUUGUAGGGGUUCUUUGCAGAUUGGCAUUACUAUUAAAUGCUUUAGAUAGGCAGUCUUCGAGAAUAUGUUCCCAAGCAAAUUCAUGUUUCUCUCAUUCCGGUUUCUGAUGGAUGUUUUAAUGGACAAAAGAUUUGGUAGUGAUAACAUAUUGAUAAUGUACCGUGUUCCUAAUGGCAACCAUUUAAAAAAAGUUUUUAUCUGUCUUGUUGAAAAGAAAUGUUGAUAAACAUUCUCAACAUUGUUAUAGCUUGUUUGAAUGGCAGGUUUUCAAUAAUAAAUGUUUAAUGGUGAUUUCAAUGUACAUGUGUGUUAUGGAUUAGUACAUAUUAAGAUUUUGUUUUUGUCAUUUAUAACAGGUUAGUAACCUAAAUUGAUGACCAUACAUAAAUACUACUUUGCAACGUUUACCUCAAAAUUAAUCAUGAGUUUUCAAAACUAUCAUACCCAUUGAACUGGUGAUUCUUGUGAGUUUUGGUGAAUGAAAGUGCUAAUUGCCCAAUUCUCUUCAGUGUUUAAACAAAACUUUAGAUGCACAAGUUACAUGUUCAGUGUGUAUCAAUAUGUAUGAGCUGUGCAGCCUUGAUUUAGAUCAUGUAAUCAAUUUAACUUGACACUUCAAAAUUAUGUUCUCCCAAAGAAUUACAGAAUAGCCAGGUGCUCUAAAUAUAAUCGUACACAUUUUUACUGUUGAAAUGUAACAUUUUCGCAUGUGUGAGUUUGCCAUUGCAAAACUUUUCAAUUUAAAUCCAGUAAAAAAGCAAAAUAAAUCCUGAAAUCAUUCCUUAUUCUUUUUAUACCCAUUUUACAUGAUCUAUAUCAAUGCUUUAAUCAUAAGCAGUUUGACAUUCACUAUGGGUAAUAGCACAUUAUCAUUGUGUCUUGCCCAGCCAAGAAAUGCACAUUUUUCAUCAAAAAGCAGUUGUGUUCUGCCAAUGUUAGAUCAAUUACAAAAAGUUAUACCAUCAAGUUCGACUUCGACACAUGUUGAAUUGGAUGCAACCUUUCUUAUCAUUUUUUUUUGUAACCUUUGGAAAAUUGAGAUUAUAAAGGGGAAACGUUUUUAAAACACCUAAGCGUUUUUGUUUUUGUUUAAGAUAUAAGCUAGAAAACCCCAUAUCAAUGAAUAUAUCAUUUGAAGAUUUGUUAAAUUAGCAGCUAGAGGUAAAGUCCUUCUGAUUUAUUAGUUUAUAUUCACAAUGUCAGGAUUGUGCUGUCUGUAUCUACCAGGAUUUAAUGAGGAGUUGAUUUAUGCAGGUGAUUUUUACAUGCUACAUAAAGUGUCAGGCUAACUAUAAUACAGAGGUUUAUCAGUCUUCUUAAGACUCGUGUGGUAUGUUGAACUAACAAAUUAUCUUCAAUAUACAGGAUGUUGUGUAAGGACAAACAAGAAAGGGCAAGUUUGGUAUCAAUUGUAAUAUUGGGAUACAUUCAGUAUCAUACUAGCUAUUAUGAAGGGGACAAAUCUUGGAGGUGUGUUUUGUAAUGACUAUAUUCAGUAUCGUUGUCUAGCAAGGUAAGUUUUGUGCACGUGAAUCGAGGCCUUUAUGAAGUGUCAUUUCCUUGUUAUCUUAGAUGUUGUGGGAGGGCAUUUUUGUCUGCUGGCGUACUAGUAGGGACUUUGUAUAAUAUAAACCUCCAGUAUUGUCAUCAGGUGACAUAGUUUCAGAAUUGCCUAAUUUAAUCGCUGACUUAAAAAGUAGCGAUACCAUUUCUGUUAUAUUGUCAUUGAUGUACACGUAUGUCUUGUUUUCAUUUUUGGCUUGCAUUGUUUCAACAGGUUUUGAAAACAUAGCAAGUUUUAAGAUAACACUGAUCAGGGUAAUAUUUCAAAAACAUAAUGACAGUGUGGUGAAUUUUCCGAGAAAUUAUUGCUGAUCAACUUAAAUAAAAAACUUUACAAUAUGGAUACUACCUGGGAUAUGCCAUGUUUAUCUGGUAGAAAUGCCUAAAUGUAAUGCCAUUUCUAGAAAAGAAAAAAAAUGAAGAGAAAUCAACAAAAAAAAAAUGAUUCAAUUUUACCUACAUGAAGGUUCAUAUUUUGCUUGAUGUUUCAUAUAAUAAUUUGGUUACCAUAUCUUUCACCUGCCAUGUCAUUACACCCAUGUACAUUAUCUUUUUUCUAUGCUAUAUCUACAUAUUCUCCUUGACAGGAGGUUUUUGUAGUCACGUGUCUGCAAGUCUGAUACUGUUGUUUGUAGGAUUUAAGCAGUAUUCACUUUGAUUUGGUACAUAGGGAUUAGGAAAACACUCUAGAGCAUUGAUAAAGUGUGAAUGGUAGCCAAAGUUUCCUCGGACAAAAGACUUGAUGGACACUUCUGGUGUUGGGUCCAGAUGAGACUUGGACUAUAUGAAAGCAUCAGUGUUGGUUUAAAUGCACAAGAAAUCAUGCCAAGAAGUUUGUUUUUGUGAUUCUCUAAUAAUCGGGUAAUAUGUACUUUACUUACAAAAAAAAAAAAAAAAAAAUUAAAAUGCCACUGAACUUAUUACAUAAUAUCAGUAUCUUUUUAUUUAAUCGUGUGUGAGAUCAGCAUAUCUUUGUAUUUUCAAUGAGUUGUACGUUAGGAGGGAGAAUUAAAUGUGCUACACUAUGUUGAUAGGUUGGACAUAUUUACCUUGAUUAUAUAAAACAUUUUAAAAUGGUA